UGAGGCUGAUCAAAGGUGAGGUGUGUGAGAAGGGCUCCAUAGACUCAGAAUUUCUUAAACACAAGGUACAACUGCAGAGUAACUGUAACACAAGGAAAGCUACAUGGAAAAGAAACCAUUCAAUUGUGAGGAGCGUGAUCAAACUUUUGAGCAGUCAUCAAUGCUUGUGACUCACCGACGCAUUCACACAAGAGAGAAGCCGUUCAAAUGUGAAGAAUGUGAUCAGAGGUUUGCCCGGUUAUCGGGCCUUGUGAAUCACUGGCCCAUUCACACAGGGGAGAAACCAUUCAAGUGUGAGGUGUGUGGCAAGUCAUUCUCACAGUCAUCAACACUCCUCGUGCACCAACGUGUUCACACAGGGGAGAAACCAUUCCGGUGUGAGGUGUGUUUCAAAUCUUUCUCCGACUUGUCGACCUUCCACAGACACCAACACAUUCACACAGGGGAGAAACCAUUUAUGUGUGAAGUGUGCAACGAAUCAUUCUCAUUGUCAUCAGAUCUUCGUAUACACCAACGCAUUCAUACAGGAGAGAGACCGUUUAUGUGCAAACUGUGUGAGAAGUCAUUCUUGUCAUCAUCAGAUCUCUGCAGACAUCAACGCAUUCACACAGGGGAGAAACCAUCCAGAUGUGAAGUGUGUAACAAAUCAUUUUCGCAGUCAGGAAAUCUCCGUGCAUACCGACGCACCCACACAGGGGAGAAACUGUUCAAAUGUAGCAUUUGUGACAGAUCAUUCUCUGGCUCAACAAGGCUUCUGCUUCACCAGAGAGUCCACACAGGGGAGAAACCAUUCACAUGUGAGGUGUGUAAUAAAUCAUUCUCGAUGUCAUCAAGCCUCAACGAACACCAUCGUAUUCACACAGGAGAGAAACCAAUCAGAUGCAAGGUAUGUGACAAGGCAUUCUCGAUGUCAUCAAGCUUCCGUGUACACCAACUCAUUCACACAGGAGAGAAACCAUACAGAUGUGAAAUGUGUAGCAAAUCAUUCUCGCAGUCAGGAAAUCUCCACGCACACCGAAGUACCCACACAAGGGAGAAACAUUUCAAGUGUAAGUUGUGUGACAGAUCAUUCUCCGACUCAACAAGGCUCUUGCUUCACCAAAGGAUCCAUACAGGGGAGAAGCCAUUCACAUGUGAAGUGUGUGACAAAUCAUUUUCUUUGUCAUCAAGCUUCCAUAUACACCAACGCAGUCAUACAGGGGAGAAACCAUUCAAAUGUGAUGUGUGCAACAAAUCAUUCACGAGGUCAUGGAACCUCCUGUUCCAUCGGAGGAUCCACACAGGGGAUUGAAACGUUUAUCAUGGAAUGCUUUUGGUAUCUUUAACCAUUCAUUGGAUUCACCAUGGGAUUCACACAGGGGAGAAACUCUUCAGUUGCAGUGUUUGUGACAAGGCUUUCACACAGUCAGUGUAAUUAUCCAUCAAGCACAUUCACGUUCGCGACAAAUCCGAUUGCUAUAACAUCUGUCACGAAGCCUUCACACAGAUUAUGCACCCAGUGGAACAUCAGCGAACCCACAGUGAAAUGACCGACCAAAGCUUUGCUGGUCUGUCCUCAGUGUGUGAAUCUGUACACGGUCUCACUGUGUAGGAUGUUCAGUGGGACUGGGACACAGAACAAGAAGCAACUUUCACUCCCAUCAAACUACUAGUGAUGACAUCACCGGUGCUGAGGGAUUAUGAUGUAACAAUGGAGUCACCCUGCAGUGUGAUGUCAGUGAAACAGGACUUGGAGUAACCCCCAGGCAGUGAGGACAACCCGUUGUGUUUGUAUCCAGAGUGUUUACUCAAAUUGAACAACACUGUGUACAGGUUGAGAAAAAGAGUCUCGGUAUUGUCUUGCUUAUGAACAUUUCAAUGUGUUCCUGUUUGGGAAAGAGGGAAAAAACUAAUAAUUGACUUCAGUAAGAAAGGACGAGAUAACACCCCCAUCUCCAUCAAUGGAACUGAGAUUGAAGGGGAGAGCUACAAGUUCCUAGGAGUGGUGAUAGCUGACAACCUGUCCUGGCUUUCCUAUUUUGUUGCAAUGGUCAAGAAGGCACAACAAUGCCUCUUCUUCCUGAGGUGGCUCAGGAAAUUUGGUAUGUCCAUAAGGACUCUCACCAAACUCGAUAGAUGCAGAGAUGAAAGUAUACUGUCUGAGUGUAUAAUGGUUUGGUAUGGCACCUACUCUGCCCAGGAUCACAGGAAACUAUACAGGAUGGUGUGCACAGCCCAGGCCUUCAUGGGAGCCACUCUUCCACCCAGUGACUCCAUUUACACUGCCGUGGAAAGGCUGCCAACAUCAUCACAGACCUUUCGCACCUGGUAAUGAUCUCCUACAGCCUCUUCCAUCACGCAGAAUAUACAGAUGGCUGAACACUUGCACCAGUAGGUUCAGAGACGGAUACUUCCCAGCCAUUAUUAGACUAUUCAAUGGACUCUCUAGUCUUAGAUCAUUCUGAUCUUACUAACGUUGAUCUCUCUUGUACACCCUAUGUAAUUUUACCUGUCUGCUUCUGUCUAAAUCUUUUGUUCUGCACAUCUUUGCUUACUAUGAUCUGCCUGUACUGCUCGUAAA